AAAAGGAAGCUUGAUGAUAGGAGUCAGAUAGUUUUAGUAUGAAAAGCAGCCUAUGCUGACGCUCUGGACUAAAACCAGUAUACCCAAGAUGCCAGAAUUAAUGUUUCCUCAGACAGCACCAGAACCACUGAAGGAAUCAGACUCUAAGAAUAUGCAAAUGGGGGACAAAAGAAAACCAAAGACUGUGGGUAAAAAUCUAAUGUGCCGCCUUCAGUCCAUAUUUCCAAGCUCCAGUUCCAAUGCUGAAGCCUCAAAACCCUCAAAACUUACUACAGAGGAAGCCUUGCUCUGGUCUCAGUCGUUGGAAAAACUGCUAGAAUCUAAAUAUGGCAUGGCUACAUUUCGAGCUUUUCUCAGAUCUGAGUUCAGUGAUGAGAACAUUGAAUUCUGGCUGACUUGCGAGGACUUUAAGAAAGUGAAGUCUUCUCGACUGUCUAGCAAGGCUAAGAAGAUUUACGAGCAUUACAUACGGGCCGAGGCACCCAAGGAGAUAAAUAUUGACCAUCAUACAAGAGAAACCGUCAAAGCCAAUGUUCAAAACCCAACUAUCCAUUGCUUUGAUGAUGCCCAGAAAAUAGUCUACGGGCUCAUGGAAAGAGACUCUUACCCGAGGUUUCUGAGAUCGGACAUUUACCAAACCCUUUCAGGCAAACUGCAGCCUGGUUCAGUAAACGGGUGAAGAAGGUUAGCAAUAACAUGGACUUAGCAGUAUGUUUACUGACUAGGAUCGAGAGAUUGGGACCCAAGAAGUCCUUCGUGCCAUAAAGUGCUGGAGCUUGCAAAAUAGUUCUGAAGAGUUGCAGAAUGCAUCCUGCAGAACAUAGAUGACUGGACCCUUCCUAAGAUCAGUGAAGGCGGAUUACGAAGGAGCAGUGAACAGUUAUCUAGAAAUCUGUUCCAGAGCAGUGUCAUAGCAGAGUUGCCACAGAUAAGAUAUGGACAAUAUACUGUUUAGGUAACAUUCUAGUGAGAUGUUGACAUCAGAGUUAAUGUGCACUGUUUUUAUUGGGGUCUAACAGUAGGAUUUGCUGCAAGUAAUCUUGUGAUCUCUUCCAUUUAGUGCUGGCUAGCUCUGCUACAGUAUGUGUUCCAUCUGAUGUUGUUUAUACCUGAAUUAAAUACUCACAGAUGUGGUUUGUUAUCAGAAUCUGUUUCAAAUGCAUCCAAAAUAAGAAACAUCGGCCUAUACCAAAAUGUUCUACUAUGUGUAAGUGAAAUCUGUAUGAUUUUUUAAAAGAAAAACCAGUUACAAAACAAGAAGGUCAUUUUCAAGAGACCUUAGCUGUUAUUGGUCCUUCUCACAAAAAUGGUGCAUAUUCCACUGUAUGAUAAUAGGGGUCCUUAAUGUCCUAACAUGAAAGGUAUGUAAAUGUGCUAUUUAAGGUCAUGUGUUAUGUAUUAUAUAUAGAUAUUGUAUCGCUGUAUCUGUAUAUUGUGUGUGUGUAUAUAUAUAUAUAUAUAUAUUGCAUUGCAGACUCAGAAUUAUGUUACAAUAAAAUUACAAUUCAGUAUAACUUUUUCUUUUAAAAUAUAUUAAAAAAAAAAACAUUUAACUAUGUGCCCUCUUUGUUUGAAAAUACUAGAUGCAUGAGCAAAGGCAGUUUGCUGUAAAAUGGGUUGAAACAAAAGGGGAAUGACAGCGGGUCUUAACAAGUCAAAGCAUUUGUAUCCUAGUGCAAAUGCUACUGCAAAAUCAAGACAAAAGGGAAUGAGCAACAAUACUAAACAACUACGGACAACACAUCCGGCGAGCAAGCUCAAGACAGGUGUACAAAGUGUUCCGCAGGCCAUUUUAUAUAAAAUUACAUGUUUUUUUUUUUUUUUAACUACAUAAAUCAAAAGCUGUAGUGUAUUGUAACAUUGCUUACGUCAAUGGAGCAAUUUGAUUGGUUGCAAAGGCUUUUAAGGUAUAUAUUAUUAAUGCGAAAUUACAGAAGAACGGCAACUAAAAUGUAGUUUCUGUAAUACAAUUUAGUGGUCAUUAGAAUUUGCAAUGUUUACCUUUUCCUACACUAUGUUUAAAAACAAAUUAUUGCUUAAUUUUAAAAAAAAACAACAUUGUGUUGUUGCAUAUCAAUAGUGUAGCGUGCAUGGCGGAAGGCAGCAGUAGGGCUGUUAGGUGAUGUAAUCAUACACAAAGACAUAAGCCAAUAUAAUAUCCUUGCAAAAGAGCCGGUUCUUUUGUACAGCGGUAUCGGCACUAUACUUUAGUGCGAGAGGUCCCAGGCUUGCGCCCGCCCUCCGCCUGUGUGUGGAUUGCCUCGCCCUGUUUGUUGCGCCGGCCUGCUUUAACCUCGCUACAUUGGUGUCAGAAGUGGACGCAGGUACCCCGGCACGCACUCGUCGGACUGUAGCCUGGUGAGCAAGUCUGGGGCGAACUUGAGGCUGGCAGGGGAAAGUGUAGCAUGCACGGUGGAAGGCAGCAGCAGGGCUAUUAGGUGACAUAAUCACACACGAAGACAUAAGCCAAUAUAAGCUCCUUGCAAAAGAGCUGGCUCUUUUGUACAGUGGUAUCGGUGCUAUGCUUUAGUGCGAGAGGUCCCGGGUUCGCGUACGCCCUCCACCUGUGUGUGGAUUGCCUCGCCCUGUGUGAUGCACCUGCCUGUGUUAACCUAUUUCGCUACAAUACAUUAAGCAAAAACUACAGGGUGCAUUGAGUGUAAAUUACAGUCAUGUUUUUUCUAAUAACAAAGGAGACACUUGAUGUACCUUGUGCUUUGCUGUGAAUGGGAACUGUUGUGACAUUUGGCUAAUGAAUUCCUCACAAAAAUGUUCUGUAUUUAAAUAAAAUAUGACCUUGCAA